GAUUCUGAACAAAGACGACAAAUGGGCGAUUGAGAGAAGAAGAAGAAACCUUUAGCCUCGGGAAAUGACGAAGAGGAAGAAGGAAGUAGUAGAUGUCGAUUGUUCCGAGAAGAAAGAUUUUGUGAUUGAUUGGUCUUCAGCCAUGGAUAAGGAAGACGAAGUUCCCGAGCUGGAGAUUGUUAAUACCACCAAACCUCCGCCGCCGCAAACGCCAACGUUUCUCUCCGACGAUCAGACGGAUUCUCAGAUAUCUCUAACCGAUCGUGCCCUUGACGAGCAGCUGGAGCGUAGCAAAACGAAUCUUGUGACAUUAGGUCCGGGUUUACCCGACAAGGGUGAGAGAAUCCGACUCAGAAUCGUCUACCUUGAAGAAGAGAAGCAGCGUAGGGUUUUAGACCGCUCGAAAAUGGAGGUGGACAGAAGUUCGAAGGUCGUGUCUUCGACAAGCUCAGGUUCAGAUGUCUUAAUACAAGGGAAAGCAGCCUCAAAAGACCCUUCUAGGCAAGGGAAGACAGACUCAAAAGACACCUCUAAGCAAGGGAAUGCAGCCUCGAAAGACAUCUCUAAACAAGGGAAUACAGACUCAAAAGAAGUCUCGCGGUCAACGUUUUCUGCCUUUUUCAGUAAACCAAAAACAGAUACUCAGUCAAAGAAAGCAUUUGGUAAAGAACUAGAAGAUUUGGGAUGUGAAAGUAAGAAACACAAGGCUGAUAGAAAGCCCGUAACAAGGCUGAGCAGCGGGUGGCGGUUGUUGUCAGAUAUAGGGAACGCUGAGCACAGUGAAAAGCAGCUUGAUUCUGGAUUUAAAGGGUCAAAUGGGAAUCAGAAAUCCAAGGAAUCUUAUGGAAAGAAAAAGCGCAAGGAAUCUUCGAUUUAUUCUCUGCUUGAUGAUGAUGAUGAUGAUGACAACGACCCCAUUGGUCAUGAAACUCCUAGGGAGUGGUCGUGGCAAGAAUCUCCAUCAGAAAGUUCAAAGCGCCGUAAGAAAUCAGAGGAUAUAGUGAUAAAUGUGGAUGAAGAAGAACCUCAGCCUUCAACAGUGGCGGAGCAAGCGGUUGAACUGCCUGAAGGCUUACUGGAAGACAUAUGCUACCCAUCAAGGGAUGAUCCUCACUUGGUUCAAGUUUGUCUUAAAGAUCUUGAAUGCCUUGCGCCUCGAGAAUUUCUAACAUCACCGGUUAUGAAUUUCUACAUCAGGUUCUUGCAGCAGCAGAUAUCAUCAUCGAAUCAAAUCUCUGCUGAUUGUCAUUUCUUCAAUACAUAUUUCUACAAGAAGCUCAGUGACGCUGUUACGUACAAGGGGAAUGACAAGGAUGCCUUUUUUGUGAAGUUCAGGCGGUGGUGGAAGGGUAUUGAUCUAUUUCGUAAAGCUUAUAUUUUCAUACCAAUACAUGAAGAUCUUCAUUGGAGCCUUGUGAUAGUUUGCAUCCCUGAUAAGAAAGAUGAAUCGGGGUUGACUAUACUUCACCUUGAUUCUUUAGAACUUCACUCGAGAAAAUCAAUUGUUGAAAACGUAAAAAGGUUUCUGAAAGACGAAUGGAAUUAUCUGAAUCAAGAUGAUUAUUCCUUGGAUCUACCUAUCUCAGAAAAAGUAUGGAAAAACCUCCCUCGUAGGAUCAGCGAAGCUGAUAUACAGGUUCCGCAGCAGAAAAACGAUUUUGAUUGUGGUCCGUUUGUGCUCUUCUUCAUUAAACGGUUCAUCGAAGAGGCACCUCAAAGGUUGAAAAGGAAAGAUCUGAGAAUGUUCGACAAGAAGUGGUUUAGACCCGAUGAAGCCUCUGCUCUGAGAAUCAAAAUCCGAAACACACUCAUCGAGCUAUUCCGUGUCAAUGACCAGACAGACUAAACCAGUACAGAUUAUGCAGCAUCCAAAUCAAGACAUUGCUCACCGCUCUAACAGAGUUCAAGUUUUUGUUCUUGUAUAGACUUUAAAGGCAGAAGUAAUAUUUGGGCCAAAAGUUAAAUUAAAAAAUGGGUACAUACUCCAUAGGUUGAUGUUGUAAUCCAUACAUCUAAUUUAUAAUAACACCUUUGGUAGAAACUGCCAACAAAAAAAAAA